GUAACAAACUACGUAAGAGAGGUAAGAGAAGAAACAGAGUGAUUCAAGGUUUGGUGUCUGAGAGAAGUGCUUCCGCCAUCUCUGAUCCGAAGCAAAGAAAAGCUUAUGGAAACGUAAUUCUCACCCUUUUCUGGUUCAUCUUUCCCUUCCCAACAACACCCAUCAAAUUCAAUCUAACAUACACAACCACUCACAGCUAAACCCUUCUCUCUCACAAUAAACAGUAACAAGAAAGAAAACUGUUCCAGUAAUAACAGAUCCAUUUCUCUCUCUUCCCCACCUUCUAAAAGCUCGCCUUUUCUUCAAUUCUCUCAAAACCCUAAUCCUCUUAGCCCUCUGAUCCACACCGUUUUCCAUGUCUGGGAUGUAUUUACAUUUGGGUCUGUUUCUCUGCAUACUUUUUGUGUGCUGUUCAGCAACUUCGUCUUCUUCCUUCGCGUCGCGCCGUUCAAUCCUUCGAGAGGUCAAGAACGCUGUUAAUCAUCCCGAUUAUGCCGUUGAACUGAACGGCACGAAUUUCGAUGCCGUUCUCAAGGAAACCCCUGCUACUUUUGCCGUUGUAGAAUUCUUUGCCCAUUGGUGCCCUGCAUGUAGGAAUUAUAAGCCACACUACGAAAAGGUCGCCAGAUUAUUUAAUGGACCUGACGCAGUGCAUCCAGGAAUCAUAUUAAUGACAAGGGUAGAUUGUGCAUCAAAGAUAAAUACUAAACUAUGCGAUAAGUUUUCUGUUGGUCAUUAACCUAUGCUUUUUUGGAGCCAUCCUUCUAAAUUUGUUGGCGGUGGUUGGGAUCCUAAACAAGAUAAAAAUGAUAUACGUGUGAUUGAUGAUGCACGCACUGCUGAUCGGUUACUUAGUUGGAUCAACAAGCAAUUAGGAAGUUCGUUUGGCCUGGAUGAUCAGAAAUUUCAAAAUGAGCUUCUUUCAUCCAAUGCCUCAGAUCCUGGACAGAUUGCCAGAGCUAUCUAUGAUGUAGAAGAGGCAACUUCUACAGCUUUUGACAUCAUCUUAGAGCACAAGAUGAUAAAACCAGAAACUCGUGCUUCACUCAUUAAGAUCCUUCAGCUUUUGGCAGCUCAUCAUCCUUCUAGGAGAUGCCGGAAGGGUACUGCUGAAUUUCUUGUGAGCUUCGAUGACUUGUACCCAACAGAUUUUUGGUCAACUAAGCAGCAGGAAGAUGAUAAUAGUUCAAUUAGGAACCUCAAGAUUUGUGGGAAAGAUGUGCCUCGCGGAUACUGGAUGUUAUGUCGUGGCAGUAAGAAUGAAACCAGAGGAUUCAGCUGUGGUUUAUGGGUUCUUCUGCAUUCACUCUCUGUGAGGAUAGAGGAUGGAGAGAGUCAGUUUACAUUCAACGCAAUAUGUGAUUUUGUUCACAACUUCUUCAUCUGUGAGGAAUGCCGACAACAUUUUUACAAGAUGUGUUCAAGUGUUACUAGUCCUUUCAACACGGCCCGUGAGUUUGCACUCUGGUUGUGGAGUUCCCACAACAAAGUGAACGAAAGAUUGAUGAAAGAAGAAGCAUCACUAGGCACCGCUGACCCCAAUUUUCCAAAGACUAUUUGGCCACCAAAUCAACUUUGCGCUUCCUGUUACAAAGCCUUUGAUCAGAAGAGCAACAAAAUUGAAUGGAACCAAGACGAGGUCUUUAAGUUUUUGACUGAUUACUACGGUAAAACACUAGCGUCUCUGUACAAGAACAGGAAUAUUGACGGAAAUGAUGGAGCCGAAGAAGAUUUAAUAGUCGCAACUAAUGCAAUUGUGGUGCCUGUGGGAGCUGCAUUGGCUAUUGCUGUUGCUAGCUGUGCCUUUGGAGCACUUGCUUGCUACUGGCGUUCGCAGCAAAAGAGUCGGAAGCCUAGGAGAACGUGGAAGUAGGAAUUGUAGACAAGUAAACUUCAAGGCAUGUGAGGUGCGUAGCAGCCUUCAUAGGCAUCCAAUUCAUGGUCUUACUCCAAAGAAUCUUGCCAACUUCCUUUUUGAAUGCUUCAUCAAUAGAAUGUACAGAAAACAAUUCUUGCUCUGGACACCAUUACUGAUUUGUGCUAUUUUCUUUAACCUUUUUUUUUUGGCCUUGAGUCACAUCAUCUACUAUACACUAUACAACCUUAGGAUUUUGGGGGGAAAGGAGCACGCGACAUGUAACAUUUUUGCUUUGUAAUUUGGUGUUAUUUUUUCAAUAUCAAAGUAACUGUAUAAGCUAAAAGGCCUGACUUACAUAGUACGGUUUCACGUUUACCAAACAUUUGAAUGAAAUCAAAGUCUAAAAUCAUUUAAA